AUGGGAGGCGGCGGCGGCGGAGGAUGCUGCUGUCCUGCUGCCGCACCACCACCACCACCUCCACCUCCACCCCCAGUACAGUCAUGCUGCUGUUGCGGUGGACGUAAAAAACGUGAGGCAUUACCAGUCAUUGCUCGUGAGCUCAGCAAGCGUGAAGCAGUGCAAGUCAUCACCCAUAAGCUAAAAAAGAAGUGUAAUAGCAACAAACUCCUUGAGAUUUUGAACAAGGGAAUGAAAGAAGACGCAGAACUAAGUUUGAAGGCAAUAAGUGCAAAGCUGAAGGGUAGCAAUGACUACGUCGUUGUCUGUAGUGAAAAGGAACUCACAUUUGCUAUGGAAACCAGAGAAUACUGUACUGUAGACCGCUCUACAGUAAAGUGCGGCAUUUUCCGACACAAAGCAAAAACUACGGAAUCGAUCACUGAGGAAAAUGAGGAGGGUGAAGACAGCAAUGAGGAAGACAAAGAAGUCGAGGAUGAAGGAGAGGAAGAAAUAGAAGAUCGAACGGAAGUGAUCAUUAGAAAGGCUGACUAA